AUGCGGGCAGGGCGAAGCGGAAGAAGAAGAGAGGGCGGCCAACAUCCGCGCUUUGAGGCGGACGUGGCCGUCCUCAGCGACGGCUUUGCCACAACACCUGGAACCGCGAGCCGAGACGACGACAACGCGACGCCCCCCAAGACGCCCCCGCGGCCGCCUCAGCUGGCCGGCACUCGCCGCCGGCUCAGCGUGUGCCAUCCCAUGGAGUCGGUCAUCUUGCUCAACGAGAGCCGGGGAACAGGCUCGCCCAGCACCAGCGGCGCUGUGUCUGCCGAAGAGGAGACGCUGCGACUCGAAGGCUGCCUGCCGGCUGAGAAUGCACUGCUGGGCUUUGUGCGGCAGUACCCGGCCCAGGGUCACACCCUGCUCCUGUACGGUGCCUCAGGCUCCGCCUUCAUCUACCUGGCCAAGAUGAUCGCCAAGGAGGACCCGCGCUGGGAGGUGCACUACGUGCGCAUGAAGCAGUUCUUGGGCCGCUCCACGGGCCGCGACUGCCAGAGGGAGCUGGAGACUCUGUUCACCGAAGGGGGCAAGGACAAGAUCAAGAUGCUCUUCUUCUACCUGCUGGACACCAUCUACGGGAACACGCUGGCGCCUGAAGAGAUGGAGUACGCGCACCGGUUCAAGAAAGAACUGCCCCAAUACUUGAAGCGCGUGGCGUCGGCCGGGAAGCAGCAACUGGCAGUCGUGGCGUCCGCGAGAAAACCUUGGCUCUUCCCGAGCGACCUGCAAAUGCUCUUCCAGAAGUGGGUCCACGUUGGGCUGCCGGGUCCUACCGAGCGGAUCCGGCUCAUUAGGGCACACAUCGGACAGGUUCCCUGCUCACUGAGCGACUCCAACAUCCUCCAGCUGUCGCGAAUGACCGAGGACUACACCUACUCGGAGAUUGGGAACAUGGUGGAAGAGGCCCACUUGGGACCUUUCAAGAGGAUCGAAGCGGCCACGCACUUUCGACAGGUAGGCAGCCACUGGGAAGUUUGUUCGCCCAGCGAACGCGGUGCCGUCCAGCUGUCCUGGCACACGAUGAACCCGACAGAUGUCAAGGAACCCAUCGUGUACGGCGAUCUUCUGGACGGGUUUGUGAAGGUGGAGCUGCGUCGAUCUGACAAGGAGCUGGCGGAAAUGGAGACUGUCCAGCUUGCUCACCCGGAGCCCAAACAAGAUCUCAGUAAUCCCACCGAUGGAGCACGUAGCAGUGAAACGAGCGGAAAAGUUCGUAGCUGA